GGUCUCAAACAAAGUUUGUUUAUAACAGGAGUAUAACUACAGACGAAAAGACAGCCAUCAAUUUUCAACUUUCCAUCGAGCCAUAGUAAGUAAUGAUAUACAUAAUAUAAUUUAUCAUAAUAAUUGUGCAGAUAUAUUUUCAUUUUCAUAUAGGUUUACUUCAAACAGACUAAGAAGUGACAAGCAAAUCAUGGCAAAUCAUACUGAGAAAAAUGGAGUACAUUUUGACAGGAGCAAAGAAAACAUGAAGAAGUCACCAGACCAUGCCAGUCUGAGUACCGCCAUCAUAUCCAUCCUUGGUGUAAUGUUUGCAAUAUUCUGUGUUGCAUUCCGAUCCACUCUUCUUCAUCAUGGCCAAUCAUUGUGGUUUGCAUCCGGGAACUUCAUAGCCAGGCAGUGGGGAGUCUUCUAUGACUAUUUUGAUGGAAAUCUGGCUAAAAUGGGAAUAGCUCUUCAUUGUCUAUCUAUGUUGGAGCACUGGCUGCUAGGAGGAUUGUUUCUCAUUAUAGAUCUGACUGGAAAACCAAAAUUCAUUACGAGAUACAAAGUUCAGUUAGACCAAACAGAGAUCCCUGCUGGUAAAUUGCGAAGGACUUUAUGGACUGUCUUUCUGAACCAAACUCUUUAUAACAUUCCCAUCCUGGUUGCUUUAUACUACGCUGCUGUUUGGAGGGGAUGUGGAUCUACCGUUGAUGAGCUACCAACAUUCCAGACUAUACUUUAUCAGAUAGCUGUCUUUACUGUGGUCGAGGAAUUCGGGUUUUACUAUAGCCACAGGCUUCUUCACCACCCCUCCCUCUACAAGACCGUCCACAAGCAACAUCACGAAUGGACCGCACCCAUUGGUCUAGUCACCAUGUACGCUCAUCCUAUAGAGAACCUUCUAUCCAACUCAAUCCCAGCUAUCAUCGGUCCUCUUCUUGUCGGAUCGCAUCUUUUAACUUUCCACAUCUGGCUCCUGCUCGCUCAGUAUGUCUCGAUGAUCCACCAUUCCGGAUACCACCUACCUCUUCUCCCGUCUCCCGAGUUCCAUGACUAUCACCAUCUCAAAUUCAACAAUAACUAUGGAGUUCUUGGGAUACUAGAUCGGCUUCAUGGAACCGAUACAAACUUCAGGAAGUCAAAGCAGUUCAUGAGACACAAGGCACUCCUUGCGAUCAAACCACUCAACGAAUCUAUUCCUGACAAUACAAAAUAAAGCAAAUAUAAAUCUCGUAAAAAAGGCGAUUGUGAUAAAUACUCAAACAGCGAUAUUACGCAAAAGAAAUUUUAAAGAACUUGUGGUGGGUGCCUUAAAAAUAGAAAAAGUUAAUCGGGGAUAUUGUGUUGUAAUUUGAACUUUUUUAAACCAUUCUUUUAUGCAGUAGAAAAAUGAUAAUUUGUUUUAUUAUUUUGUGUAUUAUGUUUUCGUCAUUUUUAAGUUGCAUCCUACAUUCCAGUCACAAUGAUAAUAAAAUCACAGGGUAAAUGCGAAAUAAAAUACGAGCUCAGAAAAUUUAGUUCCAUUUUGAUGUAUCUGUAUGUAACAUAGUGUUUUUUAAAACAUGAAAAAAAUAUAAAUAAAAAUGAAUAUCAGUUCUAAUCAUUGACUGACCACCCUGUUUAAAUAAAACUACAAAUAAAUGAAAUUUCAGGAAGUUUGUUACACAUAAUUAUACAAAGCAUCUCAAUGGAUAUUUCAGUAAUUCUAGAACACUAUAUUAUAGUUAUGAAUGAUGAUGCAAACAUAAUUUCAUUUUGUGAAUCUACAUUAUUCAUUUAAUUUGUUAAUUUCUUUUUCUACUUCAUCAUUUGUCAUGUUUGUACUGGUGAUUACUUGUCAUUUGAUUUUAAACUAUUCAUUUAGUUUUGCUAUGUCGUUUAGGAACACAUUAAGGGUCGUCUUUAAUUAUUAAUUAUAUUAUGAUUAGUUCUCCCGGAUAGAGGGCGAGACGUCAUCCUUUUCCUUUUGAGCUAUGGUGGUAUUAAGAUGCAAUUUUUCACCAAAAAAUAUUUAACGUAUAUGCACCAGAUCUUACCAUCAAGCAUUUCAAUAUGAAAAUAUUCAAAAGAGCAAGAUAAAAAGAGAUGACCAGGUAGGUCAUGUAUAUGUAUUUGUAUAUGUAUGUAGGUCAUGUAUAUGUAUUCAAUAAAUGUACUGAACACUGAACUGGAUAAAUUGGUACAAUCGAUUAGGGCUAACAAAUUGUCAAUUAAUGUACAAAAAACGAAAUGCAUGCUUUUUAGCAAUUCUUUAGAACAUUUGCCAUUUAAUAUUAAAUUGGACAAUAAAGACAUUGAAGUUGUUACUACAACAAAAUUUUCAGAUCUCAUAAUAGACAACAAAUUAUCUUGGAAAACACACAUUGACUUUAUAUGUCGUACAAUUUCACGCAAUAUUGGUGUUAUCAACAAAGUUAAGUUUUUUCUUCCAACUUCCUCCCUAAAAAUGCUUUAUUCAACAUUAAUUUUACCAUAUUUAAAUUAUGGAGCAAUUGUUUGGGGAAAUACACACUCAACCUACCUUGAUAGAAUAUUACUUUUACAAAAGAAGGCAUUGCGUGUUAUUUUCAACUUGUCCUGGAGAUCUCACACAGAUGAGUUGUUUAUAACAAUAACAUUCUAAAAUAAAAACACUGUACCAAUAUAACUUAGGUCAAUUCAUGUAUCAGUUAAACAAUAAUAUGUUACCAUUCAUAUUUAAUUCUUCAUUUAACAAAAACAAAACUCUUCACAAAUAUCCCACACGUCAAUCAGAUGAAUUCCAUUUACCACUACCCCGGACCAUCCUUGCAAAAUCAAUUUUUACUUUUGAAGGCCCUAGACUCUGGGGAACUAUUAAUAAAAACAUCAAAGAAUCACCAAGCCUUAAUUCUUUCAAAUAUAAGUUCAAAAAAUUUAUCCAAGAUAACCAUUGAAUUUAACUCUUCAUCACCCACACUCUUGUAUUUUUUUUAAAUCAAACAUGAUUAUCAUGUCACGUAUACGCUUUUCCAUCUCUUUCGUUUUCCUGUUGAUCAACGAGGUCCGUCUGUGAGUGCUGGGGCUGGAUUCUGGAGACCUUUAAUCUCUCUUUUUCUUAUUUCCUUUUCUAUUUUAAUUUCCCCUAUUUCCUUUUAAUUUAACUGGUACAUGCUCAAGUUGUUAUUUUGAUUUUUAUAUGCUAUGCAACUACAAGAAUAUUUAUUAGGAGGCUGCACUCUACAAGCUCCGCUUUUUAGCAGCCUCCUCCAUUUCCAACCUGAUAUGUAAUAAUCUUGAAUAUAAUUUUUGUACAGAAAUACUUGAAAUAUGUUUUGUUAUUUAUAUGUUAAAAUGUACAAAAUAAACUGUAAUUGUUGCAAAUGGAAAUAAACGAAAUGAAAUGAAAUGAAAUAUAUACAUGUACUUUCUCUGACUUUAAAAAAAAAAUUCAUACAAACAAAUAUUACUGCUGGAUUCUAUUGUAAAGAAAAUUGGGGUAUUAUCAUUAGAUAAUUUUACUGUAAAUAUGUACUUACCACACCCCUAUGCAUUGUAUUCUCUAUAUAUUUUAAAUCUCCUACAUAAAUGGUGUUUUUAUGUGUGUUCCUUCAUUUGCUGUAUUAGUUGCAAUGCUGUUAGUUAAAAAUAGUAGCCUCAUAACAAACAAUCCAUAUUCCUUUAAUAUCGAAUUAAUUUUUUUAAAUAUAUUAUUUCAAUCAUUUUCUGUAUAAAUCCUUUGUUCUAUAUUUAAAAUUCAGUCUUUAUUUGAUAAUCUUUUCUCUCAAAGUUUCGCUCGCUUUUCACUCCUUAAUUGUUGUGUGGCGACGUCAGGGAUCGCUGUGAAACGAAACCGGGCUAAGGAAAGGCGGGGCUAAGCAUUAGCCAAUCACAGAAGUCGAAUUUUCACGUUAAUCAUGCUCUGUUUGGCAAAGUCAUUAAUAUUCAUGAGCUCUGCGAUAGUCCGGGGUUAAUAACAUAUCACACUUGUUAUUUUUUCAUGAAUGAAUGAAUGAAUAAAUAAAUGAUUGUGAAAUGAUU